AUGACCAAUAUUUGUAUUAUGAAUGGUUUAAGAGCCUCGAAUCUCAUAGAAUUGCUAGUGAGUGAUGUGAAGGAGGCCAGUCGUCACGAUGAUUAUCCUGGACACUGGGUAAUCAUCAACUCUAAUUACAAGACGUCGACGAUAUAUGGGGAGAAGGUUAUUGCUAUACCAGAUGCGAUCUUUAAUCAUCUGAAAAUAUACAUGGACCAUUUACGUCCUUUGUUUGAAAAUGCAUCAUCAAAAUAUCUAUUUUUGCCGUCAUCAAAUGAAGAUAAAAUGUCUCACGGUUUUGUUGGCAGUGCUUUAACAAGCAGCUUUAAAGAUGCCGAAGUUUUUAGCGAGAAAGAAUAUCAACGAGUUUGUCCAACCAGAAUUCGAUGUGCAUGCGCAACGUUUGCAUGUAACCUUGAAGGCAUGGACAUUGGAUUCUUCGCUAAGAACUUCAUGAAAAACAAAGAGGAAACAACACAGAGGCAUUACAAUCUGCAUUCAAAUGUAAAGCAUGCCUUGAGUCUUGCAAUGAUGGUCGGCGAUGGGUUUCAAGUAGGAGGUGAACGUAUCACCAUUAAACAAAGUGAAAGAGAAGAUUUGACAAAUCUACUCUUAAAAAAAUCCCGACCUUCAGAACUGCCUUCAAAAGAAAAAGUGCUAGAGUGGAUAAAGUUGAGAAACUCUGACUUGACAGCAAUGGAAAUGAACGCCAUUGACCAGAUAUUGGAAGAGCUGUCCGACCCAUCCACAAUAUCUGCAGAAAAAACAGCGAGUUCGUUCUAUGGCGAUUGUCUUGAAAAUGAAAAUGAUGGCAAUGUUGAGGAUGGCGGUGGAAUUGGUGAUGAUGAAGUUAGAAAGAUCGAAAAUUUCUGUCCACCUACACCUAGUAUAAAAAGCAGUAAAUCUAUAUGUAGAGAACAAGUUAAAGUUACUGAAAGUACAAUGAAAACAAGGUCGACGAUAAGUAUGGAGAAUACAGCUUCGGUUUUGGAAUAUUUUCAACCAAAAGUUUUAAGAAAGGGGAGUUCCUUCUUCAGUACAGAGGGCAGUUACUCUCCAAAGACGAAGCUGAGAAGAACGAAAAGGGAUACGAAGAGGAUGGUUUCGGCUGUUUUCUCUACUUUUUUGAUCAUAAAAAGAACGAGAGAAAAGAAACACUAUGUGUUGACGCAACCAAUACGGAAUCUAUUUGCAAAUAUGUCAAUGAUUCUGCGUUUCCGAACUGUGUUAUGAAUAAAGUCAUCGUCAGAAGUUCGCCUUUUUUGUGUCUCUUUGCCGUCAAAGACAUACCAUCGGGUAUAGAAUUGCGGUAUGACUAUAAGGAUAGAAAAAAUCUCUGGUGGAGAAAAAAGGAGGAAUGUAAAUUUCCAUUGAAAAAGACAGAGUUAGCUAAUGCUCCAUCCACGGAUGAGUCAAAUGAUGCGUACAAUCCAGAGUCCCAAAAUGUGAGCGAAGACCUUGACUCUGAGAACGACGAGGAGCUUGUUAAGGUGUUUUUCCCCGCACUUUUUUCUCUUCAUUUUUUUCUUUUGUUUACAAAAUUAAAAUAGUUCGGUGGUAAUUUGUAAACUUGGAGGCUGUGCAUAUGGAGGCGAGUUAUGGAUCGCGCAUAUGCAGGUUCGGUUGACUUGGCUAACUCGGCAUCUUGCUAUUGUUCAGAAAACCUUAUAAAAAACAUGUGUUCAAAAGAGAAGCGAGUCAGCCCGUCUUUCCAAGAAAUAUUUUGAAAAAUUUAUAACCACCCUAAAAUAAUAAUUAAAAACUAACUUGAAAAAAGUUUUUGUAGAAAUUUAUAGAUUAAAACUGUCUAACUUUAUUAUAAUAUCCAUAGCCGUUAC